GAGUUAGGAGGUUAGCGUUUGGUUGCAUCCAAUCGCAGGCAGGAAAUGGAUAUGGUUCCUUAUCCUGUAACCCAAUUUCAGUCCGCCACUGUCACUGCCACAUGUUCGUUAAUGAACAAACACAAACACCACUUCAACCACUUCACACAAGCUCAAGCAUAACCAGAUUAUUAUUAAUGGAAGCUAUAUUCCUCACCAAACCAGCUUCUCACCUCAAAACCAAACACUCCCCCAACCCCAAACACCUCUUCCCUUCCAAACAUAAAUCAAUUCUCCCCCUCCGCCGCACCCGCACCCGCACCCGCACCAACUUCCCCGCCGCAAUCCAAAACCAACAACAGCAAGAGGCGCCAAAACCCACCGAAGAUGAGUCCUACGGAGAAGUCAAAGGCCUCAUCGCCAGCAGAGCCGUCGACGCCGCCGCCAUGGAGUACCUCAUCGAGUGGAAAGACGGCCACGCGCCCUCCUGGCUCCCCGCCGAAUUCAUAGCCAAAGACGUCGUCGCCGAGUACGAGACUCCCUGGUGGACCGCCGCCAAGAAAGCCGACGACUCCGCGUUAAGAAAAAUCCUCGACUCCGCCGACGGCCGCGACGUCGACGCCGUAGACGCCGACGGCCGCACGGCGCUCCUCUUCGUCGCCGGCCUCGGCUCGGAGCCCUGCGUGAAGCUGCUGGCGGAGGCCGGCGCGAAUCUGGACCACCGCGACCGGAGCGGCGGGCUCGCGGCGCUGCACAUGGCGGCGGGGUACGUGCGGCCGGGCGUGGCGAAGGUGCUUCUGGAUCUCGGCGCGGAUCCUGAGGUGGCGGACGAGCGCGGGAGGACGGCGCUGGAUCUGGCGCGGGAGAUUCUGAAGGCGACGCCGAGGGGAAAUCCGAUGCAGUUCGGGCGUAGGAUAGGGUUGGAGGGCGUGAUUAGGGUUUUGGAAGGAGCGGUGUUCGAGUACGCGGAGGUGCAGGAGAUUGUGGAGCGCAGAGGGAAGGGUGAGAAUUUGGAGUACUUGGUGCGGUGGAAGGACGGUGGUGCCAAUGAGUGGGUGAAGGCAAAGUUUGUGGCGGAGGAUUUGGUCAGAGACUACGAGGCUGGCCUCGAAUACGCCGUCGCUCAGGCGGUUAUAGGUCGUAGAGUCGGGGAUGAAGGCACGCCCGAGUUUUUGGUUAAAUGGGCCGAUUUGGAUGAGCCCACCUGGGAGCCUCAAGAGAAUGUGGACCCUGAGCUUGUCAAAGCUUUCGAGGAGAGUACUAACCAGGCCCAGCCCAGUAUUAAUGGGCCUGCUGUCGUCGUUUCAAAUCAGGAUAGCGCCUGAUUUUUAUCCUGUAUUUGGACUUGUAACGGCUUGCUGUUGCAAAGGAUUGUUUUGUACCAAAGCAAGACACGGACAAGAAAAAUCUAAUUAAAUCUCAUCCAAAUUUUCCCCGUGUUUUUGCAUCUUAUUUUAUUACUAUUGUUACAGAUAUUAUAAAAUCAUUAAGGUAUAAUGACAC